AGAGGGUGUGGGUUUCGCACGCACAUGCACUGCACACAUGCAGCGUGCUCAGAAUGACACAGCCCAGUACAGUAUUGAGCAUUUUUGCCAUGUUUCUUCACACCACAUUUGGGGAAAGUGGUUGCACCUCAGCAGACGGUGAUGGGACUCUUGGAGAUGAUGAACCAGACAAUUUUGACAUUGAUUGUUUCAGCCAGCUGGACAUUAAGGACCCCUUUAGCAGCCUGACCUGCAAUUUUACUGAGCUGCCUUCUCACAACACUAACUAUACCCUGUCUCUGUGUACCAAGGAAGACAACAAGUACACGUGCAACAACAUGAAGAAACAGGAAGAUGCAUACUUUUUACAGUUCACUGAUAUACUCUCAAAUAGAGACCUUUGUGUGUUCUCUGAGACAAAGAGAAGGGUCUGCAGGAGUCUGAUUGUGACUCACAUUGUUAAGCCUGAAGUGCCAUUUGCUAUAAACAUCACUUACCAAAGGGAGGCAAAUGAAUAUCUUAUUCGUUACCGUACACCACACUCAGGGAAGAAAUACCUAGAGGGCAAAUUAAUGCACCAAACAGCCUAUCGGCAGAAAGAAGGUACUUGGAAGACAAUAGAAUCGCCACACGAUCACGUAAGAUUGUUGGGACAAAACCUCGAAAAUAAUGCAUCGUAUGAGGUGAAAGUACGUUCCCAGCCCAACGGAAAAUUUUUUAAGGGCACGUGGAGUGAGUGGAGCACUUCCAAGAGCUUCAGGACAGCAAGAGAGCAGCACUCCACAGAGAGCUAUAGCACCGUGGUCAUGAUUAUACUCUCCAUCCUGGGAUUCAUGCUGUGCAUUGUUAUGAUUGCACUGAUCAUAAUUUUUUGGGAAAACAGGAUCAAGCCUGCUGUAUGGCCAAACCUUCCUGAUCAUAAAAAAACACUGGAGAAACUAUGCAAGAAGCCAAAAAACAACUUUGAUAUAAGCUUUAACCCAGAGAGUUUUGGUUAUGUUCAUAUCCAUAAAGUGGACGGUAUUCGGGCAAAAGCUGAACUUGAAAGUUUUCUGCAGCCAUCAAUUGCUCCAGAGACAAGCCUUACAGAAAAAUUCGGGAAGGGAUCAGGCCUGAAGAUGAUACCUGUGAUGACAGACAAAAGCAACCUAAAUUUGUCUGUGACUUAUGGAGGCCUCUGGCCGUCUGAGGCCCCACACAGACUCCUGGGCACAAGCCAGUUUGCAGUCACGGAAGGAAACUGCAGCUCCAGCACGUAUGAGGUGUGCCACGGCAAGAGCGUGCCCCUGAACAACAGUGGAGGUUCCAACCUUUCCUCUGCUCCUCCCCUGGAUCCCUCUGGCCAGCCCAGUCCAGAGCCCCCACAUGAUGACACUGUAUCCCAGAUGCUGCCUAACAGUGAAAUGAGAUCACCAAACAACGAGGAAGCCUAUGUAACAAUGUCCAGCUUCUACAAAAUUCAGUAAACGUCGCAAGAAUGACGACAUGUCUUUUUUUUCCUCUAACACAAGCAGGACACUGAAACUUUCUCUUUUGUUUUCCUGUAUCCUGUGAGUUCCCGCCUCCUCCACUCACCCUGCUCACAGUGCAAUGCUGUAUCUGCAAGGAAGUGAGUUCUCCUUUGUUCCAGCUAGAAGUAGCCUAACUUCAGCACUCAGUAUGCUGCUAGCAGUCUCCGUUGCAGCAGAAACUAAAUUUAAUUCAACCUGACUUUAAUCUUCAAAUCUGAUUAAUUCGGAGCAACAACAGUGCAGUCCCAGAUGAGGACCACAGCAUGUCUUGUAAAAGUUAAUGAACUCUUCUGUUACUCUCUUGGUUACAGAGCUAUGCUCUUAUUAAUGCCUAAGCAAGAAAUAUGGCAACAUAUUUAAGUUAAACAGAACCAAAUCCCUUUUAAACAGUAGUAACUUGAGGGUAAUUCCUCUGCAGUCAGUGUAAAUUCAUGAGUUUGCAAGAAGACAGUAAAUCAGAGUCACUAUCAAGCAUUAGCUGCCUGGGGAUUCAGGAUCUUGAACAUCACAAAUAGAUUUAGCUGAGUCCUCAGGAGAAAUGAUACAUGGACCCACUUUAGAAAAAUGUUUCCUGAGGCUGAUUUAGUUUGGUUGUUUUUUUUAGACACAAAACAAAGCAAAACUCUACAUGCCACUGCUUUUUGCUGUUGGUAAAGAUCUGCCCUGGAGCCAAUUACAGGAUCCACGGGUACUUCUAACACUUUUAAUGUUUUCAAUAUUUCACGUGCUAACUAUGUAAAUCAAAGUCCCUUCUCUUCCUAGAAACUGAAUUAGGACUGUAAAAUGCACAAUGCUGUCUUUCUCUGCAGCUCUUGUGCAAGCAUUAGUCCAGCAUGUAAGUACUUUUCAGGGCAGAGGCUGAGCUGACCAUGUUUGUUUACUAGCAUUAUUACCAAUGGCUGUGACUGCAUAUGAAUACUAUGAAUUUGGAUAGGCAAUGUUCUCAUGCAACAUCUGACUUAGGAAAAUGAAUGGAAUGUCAUGGAUUCUGCCAGUGAUCAGAAGACCUAUUUUAUUUUUUAAAGUAACUUGUAAAUUGCCAGGACAUAGUAUUUAGUUUGUUGUUGGGGGGGGAGGGGGUUGUUUGUUUGUUUUUGGGGUUUUGGGGGCUUUGUGGGGUUUUUUGCAUUGUGACUUUUUUCUUCUUUACAGUAUCACAUUUUAUUUUAUUUUUUUUUUACAUUAUGGCUGAACCACUUCACAGUCCUCCUUAGAUUCUGUACAUUGUGGAGCACGUGUUUGGAGAUAAAGCUGCUACAGCCACAUGAUUGCAUGACAGCAGAGCAGUGUGGCCUUGGGACAUCCAAACUGCUUUGUUGCCCUCUGGGAUUCAGGUUCACCUCACUGUGCAGUUUCAGUUCCUCUAGCUGUUUGAAAUUCUCCAUUAUCAAACUGUAUUCACAUUUCCAGAGUCUAAGGGUGAAAAGAGUCCUCUCUCAUGCUCAGAGCUGCUCGAAUUUGUUCUAUCUAGUAAUGGUCACAGAGAUGUUGCAAAACCUCAGCUGAUUCCAUCUGCCUUUGCCAAGACAGCUUUGUGCCAGGUGAACAUCAAAAUUGAUCAGAUCACUGAAUAUAUCUUGUGGUCAAAUUUCAAGAAGAUAUGGCAGAGAGUGGAGCUUGCAUUAAACUCCAUUGCUUGAAUCAGAAUUUUAUUCUGCAGAAGACAGUAUAAGACA